AUGAUUGUGACUCACAUGCUUCUUGUGAUUGCGUACGUUUUGAUCAUCGGCUCGGUUGAGUUGGUUUAUUUGAGUUCAGUUCUCUACAAGUUUGAUCAAGGUGGUUACCUACCACUCGCGUUCGCCCUCUUCUUGAUGACCAUUAUGUUCGUGUGGAACUACGUGUAUAGAAAGAAGUACCAUUUUGAGCUCGACCACAAGCUAUCACGCGAGGAGGUAAAGGGAAUUAUCGAGGACAUGGAUUCCCAUAGGCUCCCGGGCCUAGCAAUCUUCUACUCGGACAUGAAUUAUCGAGCACAUUCGUUCACGGAAUCCCUUCGAUUUUCAAACACUACGUGUCGAAUGUGCUCGCUUUCCACUCGGUUUUGGUCUUCGUGUCCUUCAAGUCAUUGCCGAUUAGUCGAGGAAAGGUUCCUUUUCCAAAGGGAGCUUCAAGUGUUCCGUUGUGUCGUGCGUUACGAGUACAAGGAUGUGAGGAAUGAGGAAGAGCUCUUUGAGAGAUUGUUGUUUGAGAGGCUAAAGGAGUUCAUUAGGGAGGAUUAUUGGCACAAUGUGAGGUCAAUUGAACAUAUGGGGAUGAGGGGGAGGUGCGGUGAGGAUGGGGGUGAUUUGGUGGGAGAAAUCGGGGAUUUGGAUCGGGUGUGGCGGUCCGCGGUGGUGCAUAUGGUGGGGGAGCACGAGGUGGUGGCGGCGAAAGGGGCGAAUAUUGGGAAGAGGGUUUUGAUAGAUUAUGCAUACAAUUUCUUGAAGAAGAACUUGAGGGUUUUUGAUAUUCCUCAGAAGAGGAUGCUUAAAGUUGGAAUGACAUAUGAGCUUUGA